AUGGCCACCUGUCAAGCCCUCGUCCUCCACGGCGCAAAAGACCUCCGCCUGGAGUCCAAGCCCGUCUCCUCCCCCACUGACGCUGAAGUCCAAGUCGCCAUCCGCGCAACAGGCCUCUGCGGCUCAGACCUGCACUACUACAACCACGGCCGCAAUGGCGACUUCGUCGUCCGCGAGCCAAUGUGUCUCGGCCACGAAUCCUCCGGCAUCGUCACAGCCAUCGGCCCAAACGUACAGCACCUGAAAGUUGGCGACCGCGUCGCUCUAGAAGUCGGUCUUCCCUGCCGCAAAUGCGCCCUCUGCCUGUCCACCCCAAGCCGCUACAACCUCUGCCCAGAGAUGAAGUUCCGCAGCUCAGCCAAGAUCUUCCCACAUCUCGACGGCACACUCAUGGAACUCACUACCCACCCCGAAGACAUGUGCCACAAGCUCCCGGAUUCAGUUUCAUUCGCCGGUGGCGCACUCGUUGAACCACUAGCCGUCUGCCUCCACGCCAUCCGCCGCUCAAACCCACCACCCAAAUCCUCCCUCCCACCAAACUACAACAGCACAGCCCUCAUCUUCGGCGCGGGCGCAAUCGGCCUCCUCCUGGCCGCAGGCCUCUCAGCCCAAGACGCCUUCGCGCACAUCGUGGUUGCAGACAUCGACGCCUCCCGUCUGGAAAUCGCAUCUUCACUCAACCUCCCCAACCUCUCCACCUUCCUGAUCCCUAAGCCCUCGAACCCCCCGCCCCGCGACGCCCCGCACGCCGAGCAAACCGCCUUCGCCCUCUCAACGGCGCAGGCAACAGCCGCAUCUCUCAAAUCCGCUAUUUCAUCCGUCGACCCAUCCGGUCUAGGCUUCACACGCGUCUACGACUGUACCGGCGUGCCGGCGUGCGUGCAGGCCGGUAUCUACGCCGCUUCGCCUGGCUCAGUCCUUGUGCAGAUUGGCAUGGGGAACCCCGUGCAGACGGUGCCGGUUGGCGCGGCGGCAUUGCGCGAAGUCGACAUCAUCGGUGUGUUCCGGUAUGAUGGGCACGCGUACCCAGCAGCCAUUGAGCUUAUGGCCAGUGGGAAGAUGGAUGUUGUUGAAAAGAAGGUUGUUACGCAUAAGGUUGGGCUGGCGGAGGGGGCGAGGGCGUUUGGGCUUGCUGGGAAGGGCGUUGAUGAGGAGGGGAGGCCCGUUGUCAAGGUUGUUGUUGAGAGCUAG